GGUCCAAACGAGUGUCCGUAGUAGCAAUCAUGGCAGUGUUGUUAGCACUAUUAACAGGACUUUGUUUUACAGUGAUUUGUGUUAUAGUUCGUCUUCUGAUUGUGCUUCGUUCUGGAUCAAAAUGUAAACCUGGAGAGAAAGGUCCCGUCUGCGUGCUUGUUGUUGCAGGAUCAGGGGGACACACCACUGAGAUACUGCGACUGAUGGAGAGUCUCUCUCAGUCCUACAGCCCAAGACACUAUAUAAUCGCAGACACAGACAAGAUGAGUGAAGACAAGAUACGCACCUUUGAAAAGUCAAAGAAAGACACUGGUUCAAAAGGCCAGUUUACCAUCCAGCGGAUCCCUCGAAGCCGUGAGGUACGUCAAUCCUGGAGUUCCUCUGUGAUCUCCACUCUGAACGCCCUGCUCUACGCCGUUCCUCUGGUGUUCAGGCUCAGGCCAGACAUGGUGCUGUGUAACGGCCCUGGGACCUGCGUCCCUCUGUGCGCGGCAGGACUUCUCCUGGGCCUCCUGGGAUUGAAGAGAGUCCUGCUUGUCUACGUUGAGAGCAUCUGCAGAGUGGAGAGCCUAUCCCUGUCCGGGAAGAUCCUCUAUCACAUCUCAGACUACUUCUUUGUGCAGUGGUCCACCCUGAAAGACAAAUACCCCAAAUCAAUUUACCUCGGAAGGAUAGUCUGACUCUGAAUAGACUAUCUGGGGGGGAAAAAAGACUACCUUUUUUUGUUUUUACUGAUACUAUUUCAUCAUGUUACAAAUGGGAACACUUUGCUCUGAUAGAUCAUGUAUAAUAGUUUGCUUGCUUGAUGGACUGUGAUGUACAUUUUUCUACAAACUAAAAUUGCGAAUACUUUGGAACAUCGAGCCCUAUACAUAAUAACUAUGUAAAGAUGUUUUGGAUCACUUCAAUGUGUUAUGAAAUGGUGCUUUUAUUAUAUAGUACAGUGUAAAGAAAUACUAAAUGGUAUUCAUACCUGAUAUGUAGCUACAGUAUUAGCUGAAUUGAGUGAGGUGUUGUUGUAACUACCAUGUGAAUAAAUUACAUUACC